CGUAUGUGUACCAGAUGUGUACAUGUGUGGUUUCCGAUCGUGGAAUAAAAAGGAACUGCAUGUAGCUCGGGCAGUGUCGUGCAGUUGAUUUGUGUGGUGUUUGGUCCUCCAGGUGUUGUUUGUUUGAUAAAAAAUCAUACUUGAGAUUUUGCGUGCUUUGUCCUCACGAGGACGGAUCUUCCCUAUCAACACAUUGAACAAACGAGUGUUUAAGGGUUUCGUCGUUGCAUAUUAGCGACGGCCGAGAUCACGAGGCUGAGGCACGUUCUAUGAACGCCAAGAGCCAAGGGGACCCUGGAGAAGAUCGCGCAUCAUCCAGGGUAGGAGCAGAGAGCCCUUGCAACGAUAUGAAGCGAGCAGCUGCCAAGAAAUUAAUUGAACGCUACUUCUAUCAGCUGACUGAUGGUUGUGGCAAUUCUAACUGUGACAAUCAGCACUGUGCAUCGAGUGGCAAACUUCCAAAUCUCACAGCAAACGAAGCAGCAGCACAGGCAGUUCUCUUAUUUGCACAAGAAGCACGUUUGUGUGAUGGUGUGCAGCCCAGUAAAGUAGCACGAACAACUCUGGAGCCAGGUCCUGCAUCAGUAGCCAAAAGCCUACCAAGCAAAAAUGUUAAUCCUGCAUGUUCUGUUGAAGCUAAAUCAGUGCCAUACCUCACAGAAACCAAACUCUUGGAUAUUAUAAAAAAAUGCAAAGUGGAAGAAACAUAUUCACUUCUUAUCAGAACAUUAGGAGAAGUCUUUUCAUCAGCACAAGCUUUGAGCCAAAGUUUUUUAAAAUCUGAAAAAGAUGAUUCUCCUAUAACAGCAUUACUUGAUAGAGCACCAACAUCUUUGCUAUGCCCCUUAAAAGAAAUGAGCAAAGAGGCUGUUCGAUCACUUCAAGGAGAAGAUAAAGAAGAAGAUAGUAGUGAUCCUACCCCCAUAGUUCCUCAACUUGAUGAUACAAAUGUAGAUUUACCAGCUGUACGCAGAGCUUUUGAAACACUUUGGUCUUUACCAGGAGAAGCAUUUGAAUCAGCAUUGGUACAUGCUCUAGUCACAUUGGCAGAUAACAUAGAAUUGGAUCUGCGAGUAUUUGGUGGUAAUUCUGCUGACAGCACGGAUAGCUUGUUGAACGUCUUUUUAAUUGUUUUCGAAAUACCUGUACUGGGUAGCAGCGAGUAUUUGGAAAUGGCAUUACAUAUGUUGUGCAAAGCAGCGGCAUGUCUGCCCGUCACGGCUCAGGCCAAACUUGUGCGAAUUUGGGCUCGUCACUGCAAAAAUCGAUUGCCAAUUCUACUGCAAGCUCUUCAACAGCUUAUUACUAUUAAAGUGAUUGGUGGUAUCUUUACUCGAGACUAUUGCGUUCAAGAUGCAGAUACAAUCACAGCCCCAACAAAAGUAAUGAAAAUUUUGUACUAUGCAAGCAUUAUAGCUGGUGAGCUGGAUUCACCAGAACUUUCUUGCGACGAGGACGACGGUGAAGCAAACGCUGCUGAAAAAAUUAGCCAGAAAACAACAGCAGCUUUUCAAGAUCCCUUAGCUGUUGAGUUGGGUAUCUCUUCGUUAGAUGCUCGUAAUCCACUGAUAUCUUUUGUAGACUUUUACAAUGAGCCUUUGAGCGAUGCUGUUGAGAUGGAUAAAGACUUUGCUUACUACAAGAGUGAACAGCCAAAGAAAUUUAGCUUUAUGAAUUAUUCAUUUAUAUUGACUCCCGCGACGAAAACGCUUGGGUUGUAUUACGAUAGUCGUAUAAGAAUGUACAGUGAACGUCGAAUGAGCUUUUUACAAACAGUUGUUGGACGCCCUACGAAUCCUUAUCUUAGAAUAAAGGUUAGAAGAGAUCACCUAAUAGAAGAUGCUUUAGUCGAAUUAGAAUUAGUUGCUAUUGAAAAUCCUUACGACUUGAAAAAACAAUUAGUAGUUGAAUUUGAAGGGGAGUUGGGUGUUGACGAAGGUGGCGUUUCAAAGGAAUUUUUUCAAUUAGUAGUUGAAGAAAUUUUCAAUCCUGAUUAUGGCAUGUUUACUACACAAGAAGACACCCAGACUAUUUGGUUUAAUCCAACAUCGUUUGAAAGUGACGCACAAUAUACUCUUAUUGGUGUAGUUCUUGGAUUAGCAAUUUAUAAUAACGUUAUUUUGGAUAUACGUUUUCCCAUGGUAGUGUAUCGUAAAUUGUUAGGUAGAAAAGGUAGCUUUUCAGAUUUGGAAGAUUGGAAUCCAACGCUAUAUCGCACACUGUUAGAAAUGUUAGAAUAUACUGCUGACGAUAUGGCCGACACGUUUAUGCAAACAUUCAAAGUUGGCUACAAAGAUGUUUUCGGCUCGGUGUUGUUUCACGACUUGAAAGAGAACGGUGAUGAAAUUUACGUAACACAAGAGAACAAAAAAGAAUUCAUGGAUCUUUAUGCCGAUUUCCUUCUCAAUCAAUCUGUGGAGAGUCAAUUUAAAGCGUUUAGACGAGGUUUUCAAAUGGUUACAGAUGAAAGUCCUUUAGCUUUACUGUUUAGACCAGAGGAAAUCGAACAGCUCAUUUGUGGUAGUAAAGUUUUCGAUUUCUCCGAAUUGGAAGCCGCCACCGAAUACGAUGGUUAUACAGCAGAAAGUGAUACAAUACGAAAUUUCUGGCAAAUUGCUCACUCUCUGUCACCUGAAAGUCAAAGGAGACUUCUGCAAUUUACUACUGGUAGCGAUCGAGUCCCUGUAGGAGGCCUUUCACAUCUCAAAUUGGUGAUUGCUCGACAUGGACCGGAUUCAGACAGAUUACCAAUAGCUCAUACGUGUUUUAAUGUGUUAUUGUUACCAGAGUAUAGUACAUUAGAGAAAUUGCAAGAUCGGUUACUCAAAGCAAUUAAUUAUUCAAAGGGCUUUGGUAUGCUCUAAACGAUAUAAAG